CUCCCGGCGUUGUCCACUCGUUCGUCUUCCUCGUUCCUCCUCCUCCUCCCGAUUAAAUCCGCCUUAUUUAAAUCGGAUCCCCAAACCGAAAUUCAUCCAUCCCCACUUUGUUCGUUAUCGGCAGCAGCAGCAGCAGCGGCGGAGCGAGAGCUGCUACCAACCCUAGCGAGCAGGGAUCAGCGGGCGGACCCCUUCGGCGGCAUGGGAUAAGGGAUUUGGUUGGUCUGCGGGCGCGCGCGAUGGAGUGGGACAGCGACUCGGACGGCGGCAGCGGGGACGAGGAGGAGGAGGAGGAGGGGGUCGGGCCGUGGGGAGGCGGCGGCGGGGGCGGCGGCGCGGGGUUCUCGCUGGCGAUCGAGGGGGUGCUGGGCGGCGCGUGCGGGCUGGUGGUGUCGGACGCGCUCGAGCCCGACUUCCCCAUCAUCUACGUCAACCGCGGCUUCGAGGACGCCACCGGGUACCACGCCGAGGAGGUGCUCGGCCGGAACUGCCGGUUUUUGCAAUGCAGAGGACCAUUUGCUCAGAGGAGACAUCCCCUUGUUGAUGCUAUAGUAGUUGCUGAGAUUCAGAGAUGCUUAGAGGAAGGAACCGAGUUCCAGGGUGAUCUGCUGAAUUUUAGGAAAGAUGGUUCCCCAUUCAUGACGAAUCUGCAACUAAAACCCAUAUAUGGAGAUGAUGAAACAAUAACACAUUAUAUGGGCAUUCAGUUCUUCAACGAUUCUAAUGUUGAUUUGGGGCCGUUACCUGGCUCUAUGACGAAGGAUGCUGUGAGAUCAAUAUGGAUUGCACCAGAUAAUACUCACCGACCAAGUCCAACAGGGAAGGGUAACUUUUGCAGUGAGCAUUCUAAUCUUUUCCAACUGAGUGAUGAGGUACUGUGCCAGAAGAUCUUAUCAAGAUUGUCGCCCAGGGAUAUAGCAUCUGUAAACUCUGUAUGCAAACGUUUGUAUCACAUGACAAAGAAUGAUCACCUCUGGAGAAUGGUCUGUCAGAAUGCAUGGGGCAGUGAGGCUACUCGAGCUCUUGAGAACGUGGCUGGUUCAAAAAGUUUGGCAUGGGGACGGAUAGCAAGGGAGAUGACCACACUGGAAGCUGUCGCCUGGAGGAAAUUGACAAUUGGGGGCACAGUGGAACCAUCUCGCUGUAACUUCAGCGCUUGUGCUGUAGGGAACCGUGUUGUCCUUUUUGGUGGGGAAGGUGUUAACAUGCAACCGAUGAAUGAUACAUUUGUUCUGGAUUUGAGUGCCAGCAAGCCAGAAUGGAGGCACAUCAAUGUGGGCUUGGCUCCUCCUGGUCGAUGGGGCCACACCCUGUCAUGCCUGAGUGGAUCAUUGUUGGUUCUGUUUGGUGGAUGUGGAGGCCAGGGCCUUCUCAAUGAUGUGUUCAUUUUGGAUUUGGAUGCAAAACAUCCAACAUGGCGUGAGAUUCUUGGCCUUGCACCACCAGUUCCGCGGUCAUGGCAUAGCUCUUGCACACUGGAUGGAUCAAAGCUGGUGGUUUCUGGUGGCUGUGCCGAUUCUGGUGUGCUUCUCAGUGAUACUUAUCUUCUAGAUGUAACCAUGGAAAGACCUGUUUGGAGGCUGAUACCUGCACCUUGGACUCCACCUUCUAGAUUGGGGCACUCACUCUCUGUUUAUGAUGGCAGGAAAAUCCUAAUGUUUGGUGGUCUUGCUAAAAGUGGCCCUUUAAGACUCAGGUCUGGUGAUGUAUUCACAAUGGAUUUAAGUGAAGCUGUGCCAUCCUGGCGGUGCAUCACUGGUAGUGGGAUGCCAGGAGCUUGUAACCCAGCUGGAGUUGGUCCACCUCCACGCCUCGAUCAUGUCGCCGUGAGCCUUCCUGGAGGUAGAAUUUUGAUAUUUGGUGGGUCAGUGGCAGGUCUUCACUCUGCUUCACAGCUUUAUAUCCUGGAUCCAACUGAAGAAAAACCUACCUGGAGAAUACUAAAUGUUCCAGGCCGCCCUCCACGGUUUGCCUGGGGCCACAGUACCUGUGUUAUGGAAGGAACAAAGGCAAUAGUUCUUGGAGGACAAACUGGAGAAGAGUGGACACUAACUGAAAUACAUGAGCUUUCUCUGACAAGCUCAUUAGUUUAAGAGCAGCAAGCAUACAGGUUCCUCAAAUUCCAUGCUGAUGGAAUUGGCAAGCAAAAGUGUUACUCUCUUGGCAGGUUAGUUGUGUAUGCUUGGAAGGAGAUGAGACUAGUCUCGAGUAGAUCAAACCUGGUUGCUUUCCCAAUGUCAUGGAGCCCCCUCAUGUAGUGUACGAAGUAGGAAUACAUUCUCUCUGCUGUUGCUCUUUGUUUGGUCUAUACGAACAAGAUAAGUAAUUAUCGUCAAUGUCUGUUGUCCUCAUCAGAUGUUUCCAGCACUCUAAUAGGGAAACCAAAGGGACUGCUGGCAUUGUAUCAUCAGAACAUCUUAUGCAAGACCGUGCAAUGCGCAGUCUGGUGGUUGCCUCCCUGACAACGCCGUGGCGAUAGGGAUUAUGUUGUAAACUUGUAAUUGCUUGGUGCUUCUGGUUGUCCGGUUGGUUCGGGUUUAAUUUUGCUUUCUGUAACUUGUAUUUUCCUCGGGUGGCGCCAUGAAUUUUAUGUUUGCAGGAGUUUAUCCUGUUCUCGUACAUUGUUGCUACCUCUGCUGACAGAGACCAUUCAGUUAUACCUUUGUAACUCUGAUUGUAGCUAAAAGUAUCAGGAUUGGUUGUAUGAAAAUAUGGAGAGUUGCUUCCACAUUA